AUAUCAAAAUGGCCGCCUGUGUGUUGAAGAGACUGACCUCGCUGGGUUCUCGGGGAGUUUUGGUUGCCUUCCGAGGGGUAUCUCCAAUCAACAUUCAUGUCAGGUGUUUUUCUGCAUCGGCGAAGUUACUGGCUGAUCGCUAUUACACAGACAGACAUGAAUGGGUUGAAGUGGAGAAGAACAUAGGCACAGUAGGAAUCUCAAACUAUGCUCAGGAAUUAUUGGGGGAGGUGGUGUACGUGCAGUUACCCGAGAUCGGUCAAGAGUUUACCAAGGAUGAUGAAAGUGGCAGUCUGGAGAGUGUGAAGGCAGCCAGCGAGGUGUUCAGCCCGGUGACCGGCAAAGUGACGGCUGUCAAUCAUCUGGUUGAAGACAAGCCCCGUCUCAUCAAUGACUCCCCAUAUGAUAAGGGCUGGCUGUACAAGAUGGAGCUGACAGACCCCGAUGAAUUCAAGGCCAUGAUGGAUGAGGCAGCAUACAAGAAGUUCACGGAGUCUUCCAACUAAGGGUUUGUAGAUUGGUGUGGCACACAGACCGGUGAACUUUCCUGUCAAGAGGGUUCCUUGCUUAACGAAUGCAUUGUGUUAUCAACUUCUAUUAAUGUGAUUGUGUAAUGGAAUCAAAAAUAGAACCACAAGGCUCUGUAGUUCAUCUGCUUUUUUGUCAAAUAUUUGCAGCAUCAGAUUAUGAAGAGGUAAUAAGACGUUAAACAAGGAUGUGCAGUAAUAAGGGACGCAAGUUUCUACAUAAAGACAGGACAGAUAUUUCAUUAUGAUACAUGCUGUAUACAUUAUAUGAGAGAUUUUUGUAUCGGAGGUACACAUAAUUAUGUUAUAUUAUUAUAUUGAUAUGACCCUUUCUUAAUCAAAAAUACAUGUAUUAAGGAGAUAUACAUUCAAUGUAGAGCUAGGUUUCCUGUAGAUUUAACCACACUAAAUUUAAUUUGGAAUUUGAAAGCAUGUAGCACAGCAACUUUGUAUGCUCACAUGAGGUGGGCACCCCGAAAGAAAACUAAGUAAGCCUUGCAAACGUUUCAAUCUACACUGCAUGUUGCCAUUAUGAUGUCAUAUCGUUCAUUGUGAUGCAAUAUAUAUGACGUCACUGUCACAUAUGGAAAAGAGCCAAAUUGCAAGCUCUGUGUUGUCUUCAAAACUUGAAAUACAUUCACUUUGAAGAUUUCUGUCGUGUUUUCUGCACGAAAUGUAUUUCCUAACAUCCUUUGAAUAUUGUAGAAACCGCAACUUUGCCUUUUUGUAGCCUAUGAUUGUACAUAUAAUUAUUUAUAUGUGUCUACCGACAAUGACUGUAAAAUAAGUAUUAUUCUAACAUCAGCUUCUGUGGUGAUGCUGCUGUCAAAUCGGCUGUUUCAAUCAGAGGAGGUUUAUUGUGAUUUGAUACCUCAGAUUGACCAAUAAAAAUCGAGUAUUUUCCAAAUUUCUUAGUAGAAUUGUGUAUAGUAUUUCAAAACUUUAAUUACAACGACAUGAACAUUGUUGUGUCUUGGUCAAAAAAAUAAUAAUGAACAUAGUACAUGUACAAAGACAAAAUACUAAGUGAUUUUCUUUUUUACAAAAGUGUCGUUUUAUGUUUUCUUGGCACAUGAUCUCCUUUUAUCAUUCAUUGGUGAUAUAACAUGUUAGAACUGUUGUUGUUUGCCGCCACAGUAGCCCAUCCCCGGUGAGAGAACAUCAGGAUUGACUUUACUUUGCUCAAUUAACCAUUAGCACUUGUAAAAGCUUGUUUCUUUUGAAAUAUAUGUCAUGGAGAACCUAAUUUGUUAACAAAUAUUUUUUGAUCAUUUUCUAUUCCAUUGGUGAAGAUAAAGCACUGUUUAUGCUCUAAAGCCUUGUGCUAAAUGUUUUGAAUGUUUCUUAUUAGAAUAUUAUGUAAUAUUAUUUUGGUGGAAAAAAAACAGAGUUAAAGGAUAAAUUUUGUGGUUUAUGCUGACAGCCUGAAAUGUUUAUAUACGUCAGAUAUAUUUUUCCAGAAUUUAAUUGCCCAUAAUUAAGGGUGCAUAUAAUAACACACGAGUGCGUAUUAUAUGCAAAUAAAUAAGUCUUGUGUACGUUGAUCAAUCCGAAGGGGUGCUAAUUGGGAUUGUUCACUAGCCAAUAUAUUAGCAAAUAUUGCUGUGGGCGCUUAUUAGAGCGGGGCGCUUAUUAUGUCGAAUACGGUAUAUUUACUUGUCCUAAUUUCAUUGAUUUCCUUAAUGCCCUGCCAUUUGACAAUGAGAAUGUUUCAGUAUCAGCACAACCAUUGUCUGUUCUGCCUGGACACUGACACGAGCACUACAUCCAGACCGACCCCUCUGCAUACAUUGUAUAACAAGAGCAUCAAAACCUGUUCCAUAUUCAUAAGAAAUCUCUGCUAAACACAUCUUCCAUUAUACAAUUCCGACUAUAUCACAAUCAUGUAUUUAUGAAUCACUAUCAGACAGUGAUGAUACCAGGUGUUUGCGAAAAGGUGAAAGUAUCAAGCCCUACCAGAGGUACAUGUCACAAACACAUGCAAAGGCAAGCCAAUUGAAAGUCCUAAUCUUGAGAAUCUUGUGCUAAUAUUGGACAUACUGAAUGCCACACUAAUUUUGUUCCUUUUCCAUGAAUAAUAUUAAAUGACAUUAUGGACAUUAAUGAACGCACAAGUUGUUGAACUAAACAAAAUAUUAGCUUUGUUAUGUCAUUAUGUCAUUAUAUCUAUCCGAUGACCCCUGCCGUGCUAUUGCUGGAAUAUUGCCAAAAGGGGCUUAAGACCAUUCUCACCCACUCACUCAUAAUGUCAAACAAUACUAAGUUCUUACACCUGUUAGACACCUGUUACAGUUUUACAUUUGGUGCAUUGAACAGUCUUUUAUGAGGUUUUUGGUGUGUGUAUCAGUCCUCAAGGAUACGAUAAGCAUAAUUUAUUCUGUUUCUCUAGUUGAUUUGUUGACACUCAAGCAAAAAAUAUGGACAAGCUUUAAGUAUUCAAGGCUGAUAAAGCAAUUAAGUCUGUAGUGUAAAUUUGAUUUGCCUCAAUUUCAUAUAAAAAUAAAUAUACAUCUUGAUAUUUGUCUUCAGAUGUUUUUUGAAUGGUGUAAGAGAAACCUUGUUAAAAGCCUUUUUGUUGUAUUCACAAGUCGAGGACCUUAAGUACAAACAUUAGCAUGAUCAAGUUGAGCUUCUCUACCUCGUUGACUUUCCUGAAGUUACUUACUUGGAUGAUGGCAUGUUACUGUAAGGGUACGCUAUUUUUCAUGGCGUUAUCAUUUGCAGAAUCCCGAGGUCUUCCAUUAACUGCCUGAUGAAGGAGGGCAGUUGAUAGUAGCGAGGGCUUCUGCUUAUGAUUAUGCCCUGAAAAAUAGUGUUACCGUUGUAAUAGCUAAAAUGGAUAGAAUUUGCUAUCAAAUAAAAAUAAACAACAAUAUCGGUUUUGAAACAUUAACUGCAAUCAACACACAACAAAUGUCACUGACCCACUUUUACAAAUAUGGAAAUGUCAUAGAACAAUUUGUUUGAUAGGCAUUACUAAGAAGUUGAUGGGUGACAAGGUAGCCACAAUUUUAUGGAUAACAACUUCUUUAAUACUUUAAAAAGGGGGCACGUUUCGGUAUAGAUCAUUAUACCUUUGUCAGUCUUGGCAACAGUAUAAGGAUCUAUACUGAAACAUCAUCUGGUUUGUUCUAUGACAAGGUAGACACAAUUUUAUGGAUAACAACUUCUUUAAUACUGUAAAAAGGGGAGACGUUACGGUAUAGAUCAUUAUACCUUUGUCAGUCUUGGCAACAGUAUAAGGAUCUAUACCGAAACAUCAUCUGGUUUUUUCUAUGACAAGGUAGACACAAUUUUAUGGAUAACAACUUCUUUAAUACUGUAAAAAGGGGAGACGUUACGGUAUAGAUCAUUAUACCUUUGUCAGUCUUGGCAACAGUAUAAGGAUCUAUACCGAAACAUCAUCUGGUUUGUUCUGUGACAAGGUAGACACAAUUUUAUGGAUAACAACUUCUUUAAUACUGUAAAAAGGGGAGACGUUACCGUUGACAAUGAGGGUGGCCUGCUCAUUUCUGAUAACAUGGGCGGUAUAAUGAUAAUUCUGUCCAUUUUAGCUAUAAUGUAGCUUCAUGUACACUUAUAUCAUGUCUUGAAUGACAUUCAACAACAGGGUGUGUUAAUGGUGUAAGAUCUAUACUGGUAUGUCAGUUUUGAAGGUCCAUACAGAUUUGAAAAAAUGAAAGUAUUCCAUAUCUUGUCAUGUAUGACAUUGUUUAGUCCGCAUGUGAUGUUGGGGUGAGUAGUUAUGUUUCAUAUGGGCAGCAAUGUUUUUGUGGCAUGUGAGGCAACCUUGCCCAAUUGAAAUGAAUAAUGCUCAUUUCAGGGCCAUCAUUAUGAUCAUGGUUGAUAUAUUCAUGAAUUCUUGUUUAUUAUAACACAAUGUGGAGUGUAACAGAUGGUGGAAUUCACACAAAGUAUCAAUGGUUUGUAUUGUUAUGUAUGUGGUAUGACCAGCUUUUUGCUGAAUUGUAAUUAAAUCCUCAGGAAAAACUAAACCAAAAUAAUGCUGGCAAACAUUUGCAUAAUUAUUAGUUUCUGGUAUCAGCAGCAACACAAUUGUUGAAAUAAUAAGCACCUAUUACAUGUCAGUGUUCCUGAACAAUAUUUCAACUGGCGGUCUUAGUCUUUUUGGUCCUUUAUUCUGUAGGAAAUGGGGUGAUAGGGUAGCCUUUUGGUUAAAGCGUUUGCUCAUCACAUCAAAGAUCUUGGUUUCGAUUCCCCACAAUGUUUGAAACCCAUUUCUGGUGUUCCCUGCCGUGAUAUUGCUGGAAUAUUGCUAAGAGUGGUGUAAAACCAUCCUCACUCACUUGUAAAUGAUUUGGCUGAUCAGGUUUAGAAUGUCAACACAACCAUAAAAAAAUAUAUCUAUACAUACAGAAAUUCAGUAUAUGUUUCGGAUACUGAUUUGCACAAAGAAGAUAAUGUGGAUUGGUUUGAGAUGUACAGUGUACACUAUCAGUUAGGUACACUCUGUUAUAUAUGCAUAGAUCUAGAUGAAGGAAAUGUGUCUUUAUACAGGUCGAAUCUCACUGUUGAUGUUAGUUGACAAGCCAUUAUGUAUAAUAAUUUUGUGUUUAAGGAGCUUACAAUUGUUGAUGUUUAAGAGCUAAUUUAUAAUAUUAGUGCCAAAUUAAUUACCUCGGGUUUUUUAGACAAAUCAAACAGUACAAAUAAGAACUGUCUGGUCUUGAGAUUCUGUAAAUGAAGGAAGUAAACAUAUUGUACACGUAUUGGUAUUGCCAGAUGAAUGCAUUUGAGGAAAGGAAUCACAUGUUUUGCAGGAUCUUGUCACACUAUUUAUAACACUUUAUAUUUGAGUUGAAGUUGAUGUGUUAUGUGGUAUGGAAUUUGAAAUGUAUAGUUCAUAUGGUAUUCACCACAAUGUAGUUAUAUGAAAGAUACGAAAGCUUGAGUUAUGUUCAGGGAAAUCCAUUGACUGGAUGGUAUUUUGUUCUCUAUUGUUAAGUGGAUGUUUUUUAUUUGACUGAUUUCAUAUCCCUUUUCAUGAAACCAUUGACUAGAUGAUUCUAUUAUGAGUGAGUGUUACAACUACCUGUGACGUGAGUUAAUACUAGUCUUCAUGAGAAGAGAUUUUGUUAAGGGUGAACUUCAAAAUGUGUCAUAGUCAGUUAGAUAUGUACAUCAGGAUAAAUAAAGUGUCAUUUACACAGUA